AUGGAGACAACAGCAACAAACAAACGCUUGCACGUUUUUCUCCGGCAUCCAAUGCAACUCUGUCGUAGCGCCGGCCUUUUUCCUGUAGAGGGCUUAGAUAAAGAAUGCAUUACUAAGCUAAGAUUCAACAUAAGAUCACUGUAUGCUUUUUAUCAUGUAGUGACGCUGCUGUCUCAGAUGGUAUUAGCAUCUUUAAGCAUCUCCUAUUUCUUCAAGAAUGAUCUUAAGCUUGAUAAUUUAAUAAGUAUUCUAUUUUACUUAACUGGUUUGAUAUCGGCAUUACUUUUAUUGAAACUGGCGAAAAAUUGGCCACAACUCAUAAGGCGAGCCAGUCACAUUGAGGAUCUUGUUGCUGAUAUACGAGACAACACAAGCAAGGCCUGGAGACAGGAUAGAAUUGCUUAUGGCAUAGCGAAUUUACAAGCUACGUUCCUUUGGAGUAUAACCGACGCCGUCACAAUGUGUACUAGCCUGUACCUCGCUUCAUAUUUUCAAGACUUAAACAAACUCAUCGAACGUCAAGAAAAGCAGAAGCUUGUCAACUGGAAAGAGAUAAGGGUGUUUUAUUCGUAUUUGGUUGAACUUGUGAACGCUGUGGAUGAAAACAUGUGCUACCUUAUACUGAUGUCAUUCUUCACUAAUCUUUGUUUUAUUUGCAUCCAAUUGUAUUAUUUGACGAAAGUAUUCGACAGCUGGGAACAUACAGUGUACUACGCAUAUUCCUUCCUUUUUUUAUUUAUAAGAGCAAGUGUGACAUCUUUGUUGGCUGCGAAUAUUAAUACUCUAUCCCAACGGCCUAUGAUGGUGUUGCAAAACGUUUCGCCAUUGGAAUAUACUGUGGACGUACAGAGAUUCAUCCGUCAGAUUCGUUACACAACGACGGCAUUAAGUGGAUUAUACUUUUAUAUAACCAGGGGAAUGAUUAUUACGGUUAUUGGCACCGUGAUCAAAUAUGAACUUGUGAUGUUUCAAUUCUCCUUAAAUAAAGUUUGA